GUGGAUCGAUUAACAUCAUAAUUAGGAAAGAUGAAUUUGUUUUUAAUUUUGUUUGUCCAAAUUGGCGUAAGUAUUGUCGCAUGCCGUGCCACCGACAAUGUCUUCAACAUGGAAGGCUGUGGACCAAACCACUAUGGAGAGAUCUUGUCGCGGCCUACUAUUGGACGGCUGAAGGAGUUUCCUUGGAUGGCCCGGUUAGGCUACCGCAACCCUGGUGAAGAUUCGGUCGAGUAUCUAUUCCAAGGAUCACUGAUUCAUCCGAGAUACGUUCUCACCACGGUUUUCGCAGCCGGCUACCGUAGGAACACAUUGGAUGUAGUUCGACUAGGAGAUUAUCACACCGAAACAGACGAGGACUGUCAGGAGGUCAACGACGAUGAGCUGUGCGCUCCACCACCUCAAGACAUCGCGGUCCAGCAGAUCAUACGAAACCCGAGUUACAACAAACCUAGACUGGCCAACGACUUGGCCCUUCUGAAACUUGUUAGCCCAGUCAACGUAACUACGGAGUUUGUGCGACCCAUCUGUAUCCCGACCGAUAGGGACAUUCCGUUGAACGAGUUCGCGGCUCUCUUCAUCUCGGCUUGGUGUGGUAGUGUGAAGUCUGGCAUUUCGGUGAUUCCCAUGCAGUAUCGAAUGCAGCUGAUAAGCUCUUCCAUCUGUGCGGAGAAACUUGCCCCACAUGUGCACAUCGAUCUGGAUCGGUCGCAAUUCUGUGCUGUGGUGGAUCUGGACAAGCAACAGAAGGCUAAAAUAAAGGAUCUGAAUUUACGGGGCAGUACGGGUGCUCCGUUGCAGAUGGUGGGUCCCGAUGGGCGCUUCUACUUGAUGGGGAUGACAUCGGUUGGGGUGAGAGAUGCUCCCCUGGGGAUGCCGUACGUGUUCGUGCAUAUUCCGGAGAUGGUGGAGUGGCUCCAGCAAACAGUUGCGGGUGAAGUGCAGAGAGAACAGUAUAAACUACGUUGAUGGUGUGCAAGUUUGAGGGGGUGGGACAUACAGAAAAUUAACAGCAAAAUAAAUGUUAUGUUUAUUCAGCGUCUCGAAUGUCGCUAGAACUGCUUGUUUUUGUCCUUUUUCACGUUUGAU